CUCACACUCUCGUCUUGAUCAGCGGCUCUCACAUGUCAAGGCCGCGUUCCUCUCACUGGUGGCUUUCUGAUCAUUAAAUAACUAGCUCUUCGCUCGACAGGCCAUUGCAUUAUUGCAUUGCAUUGGCCCAAUGGUGCUAUUCCAGCCUUUCGGACCCCCGCGAACACUAACUAGCUCAAGCAUUAGCUUGAAGUAACUUAACUAGUUAUUUAAACAAGCUAGUUGCAAUUUCAACGCCAGCUGCUGCCGUUUUACCCAACCAACCGUCAUGGCAACUACCAUUCUUUGCCUACCAACCAACCACUAUUAUUAUGAUUAUUAUUACCAGCCAGUCUCGAUCUUCUGAUCCAUGCUGACCCUUGGGGGCUGUGAGGGCAUGAAGGAACCAGGGUGGGUUGUCAAACAUGGAGAACAUCGGCUCUGACAGGCCGCAGAGCCUCCUAGGCCCGCAUAUAAAAUAUUCAAUGCGUUGACAAGUUGACGCUUUAUGUAUCUUCCUCCCCCUUAAAUCACACUCCAGCCUGUAACGGAUGAAAACACUCGCAAGAUGUCUCGCGUGGAUGUGGUUGAGAUCACGGAUACAAUGACUGACACCGUCAUGGUCCAUGAAAGAACACCUGGUGAUGAAGAAAAGGUCACAGUGACAACAGACGCUAUGCUCCAUCGCUUUGACAGGGACAGGGCAGCCCAGGCUGCCGCAGCCGAGAUCGUACCAAAAGCACGAGCUAAACGACAUGCUGCAACGCUUGCUGCCAUGCGAAGGCUAUACGAGGAGCGGAAUAGUAACGGCAUGAAGAACCUUCUUUUCUCCACCAUUUUCAAUGGUUAUACACAUUUACCUUCCGACCAUGAUCUUCACGACCUGGCUCGGUAUCAAUUCCCUCCCAGGGCAUUACUCGAGGCUCAGGUUUGCGAUUUCUAUCCCGACCACGCGGAAGUUAAAGGGGUCCCUCUUGGAGAUAUUGAAUCCCAGUGGCAAGACAAGCCUCACGGCGUUCAAGUUCGGUGGAUACAUGUCCCAGUUGGUAGAGGAAUUUAUCACUCUUCUAUUGAGGACUUGUUUCGACACGCGAGCAAUGAGCACCCUCGCCCAUUUAACAACGCUGGCCAUGUUGGCUUUGCGUAUGUUGAGCUCGACAAUUUAAAUUUUCGGCAUCGUGAAGAGGUCGAAGAUCUGCGAGACACUUACUGCUUGCUCUCAAGACUAGAGCAUUUGUCUACUUCUGCGCCUGAUUAUAAAGGAGAUGGUUUAUCUCCCCAGACCACCGAAACAUCGGUUGGACCUGAGCCACUGGACUGGGAGUGUCACCGAGGUGAUAGAAAUGCGAAGCUGCGAGCUGAUCUAGAGUGGCGAGCAGAUCAUCUCAACACGGAGCUCACUUUCUGGGAGUUAGUUGCGUCCGAUAUACCUUGGCAAAUCUCUGAUGGUCUCCCGAUCUGCGCAAGCGGGCCCUUGGGACGAAUCAAGCCAGUCAUCAACAGCUAUGAUUUUCGAGUUCUCUCCAGUCACCCAGCGUUUCUUGAUGCCCAACUCGUUCGAAAUGAGUUUCGGUUUUUCCAUAGGAAUGAUGGUUUUCUCUUGACCCUGUCUGCUGCGAAAGGCAUUAAUUAUCUCGAUGCUCGACUUCAAGAGUAUCUCCGACAAUCUCCUGACGACAUCUUGCGAAACCCAGGGGCUUCGGCCGUGGGUCAAACCCUAAAGGAGUUUGCAUCAACCGGAACGAGCACUUGGGAAAAACCCACUGCUGAAUGGCUUGUCGUCCACCUCGCAACCGAAAUCGGCGCAUGCCCACACAAUGACACUCUGGGCCAUAAUCAGAUUUCUAUAGUGGAAGCAUACCAGGAUAUUCUUCGUGAUCUUAAACUACGUACCUAUGAACCGUGGAGGCGCGACGAGACCGUUCGGUUGACAAGGACUUUUCUGCAGUGCAUGGAGGAAAUCAGGUUCAUCAGCAAGAUGCUAGAGUCGAGGCAGAGCCUGUUCACGCGGUUGAAGGAAGAUGUUCGAACACAUGAUGAAGAGGAUCGCAACAAUGACAUACCACACAACCCUGGCGGCGAGUCUUGCAUGCAUAGGGUGGACUGGGCUUUGGGCAAAAUCCGACAACAGCGUGAUGAUAUUGAGAAUAUUGCCCACGAAAUUAAAAAUUCCAUGGAUGAUCUCCUCCAUCUCCGCACCAUCGAACAAAAUGAACUCACCAUCGUUCGUGACAGCCAGCAGCGUGCGAUCAUGCUCUUCACCGCAGUGACGGUAAUAUUCCUCCCGCUCUCCUUUUGCACCUCCUACUUCGGCAUGAACCUACAAGGUAUCUCAGACACUGCCCGUUCGGAACGGUACUUCUGGUACGUCUGCGGCACGGCCGGAUUUUCCAUAGUAAGCGUGAUUUCCAUUUACGCCUUUUGGCACCCGGCUAAGGAUCAUCUGAUGACCCUGCGGGAGCACCGGAAGUCGAAGCGCUUGGCAAGGGAAGAGAGGAAGCGGAGACUAAAAAGGAGGAUCUCGAGUGAAAAUGUGUAG